AUGCUAGCUGACAAAAGGUUCAAUGAGCCAAGUGACAUACACAUUCUAUUAGGUGCUGACAUAUUUUUCCAGAUCUUGCUGCCGCCUGAGCCUGAGCUUCAAGCUCUUCCAUCCAGCUCGGAGGCACCUGAUGGCAGUGUCACACCUAAGGCUCCAUUACUAAAUACAAGACUUGGUUAUGUAAUUGCAGGUAACACACCUACACAACACACCGAACCAGUCAUUACUUUAUUUUGCAAAAAAUGUGACUCUGAUUUAAACAAUUCUAUUGUUAAGUUUUGGAAGUGUGAAAGUGUUCCAGAGACCUUCCCAGAGGCACAUUCUGAAAAUGACUUGUGCGAAAAGAUAUUUUGUGACAAUGUCGAGCAAGAUACAAAAAAUAAUAAAAUACAAGUAAUCUUGCCACUAAAGUUACCAUUAGAUUCAAUCAAUCAAGCUUUAGGAGAUUCAUUAUAUUUAGCUUUAAAAAGAUUUCAUAACUUAGAACAUAGAUUUAAAAAAGAUUCUAAUCUUUUUGUGCUAUACAAGGAGUUCAUUCAUGAAUAUUUAAAGCAAAAACAUGGUACAUUAAUUGAUAUAAGUCAAUAUAACCUAUCUACUGACCCAGUGUGCUUUUUACCACACCACCCUAUACUUAGGCUAGAUAAAAAGACAACAAAAUGCCGGGUUGUAUUUGAUGGGUCUAUGAAAACAAGUACAAAAACAUCUUUGAAUGAUUUAUUACUUAAUGGUCCUGUAGUACAAAAGGAGCUAGUAGAUGUCUUAAUGCUAUUCAGAGUUGAUGAAUAUUUUUUCAUAACAGACAUCAAAAAUAUGUUUAGAAAUAUAAAUAUACAUCCAAAGCACAGGUCAUUACAAAAUAUUCUAUGGAGAGACUCUCCAGACGAAAGUGUUAAAUGUAUUCAAUUAAACACAGUCACUUAUGGCUUAAAAAGCUCAUCCUAUUUGGCAACUCGAUGUUUGAAAAUGUUGGCUGAACAACACCACAAUGAGUACCCUAUAGCUGCUUCUAUUUUAAAUAAUUCCACAUAUGUCGAUGACAUUCUUUAUUCAGAAAAGACGUUGGUUGGAUUGUCAGCAGCAAAGGAACAAUUAUGCAGUUUGUUAAGCUUAGGAAGUUUUCAAUUACACAAAUGGGUUUCAAAUUCACCAGACUUGUUAAAAGAAAUACAAAAAGAUCAACAACAUUUUGAUGUGGUUGAUCUAGAGAAAAAUAACACUUCUUUAAAAACACUAGGUAUGAAUUACAAUAUUAAUAAAAAAAAAUAA